AUGUUCAUCACUGAAAACAUCAUUGAGGAGGUUCUAAAAUGCACCAACUUAGAGGGACGCAGAGCAGCGGCAGCUAAAGGGAAAGUGUGGAGAAAUAUAGAGAAAGAGGAAUUCAUGGCCUUUAUUGGUUUGACCCUCCUUUCAGGGGGGGAGAAGAACUGGGACGUGGCCUUGCGAGAGCUGUUUCUAGAUCAGCUGCAAAAUCCAAUGUAUAAGGCCAUCACGGGGCUCAGGAGAUAUGAGGAUAUCCGCCUCUUCAUACGGUUUGACAACAGGAGGACUAUGGCGUUGCGCUUGGAAACAGAAUACAUGGCAGCUUUUAAAAACUUGCAGGUUUUGCAGUACAUGCCUAGCAAGCCUGCAAAGUAUGGAAUAAAAAUCUUCUGGAAGUGUGAUGCAAGGGUUCCCUAUGCAAUAGAUGGAAUUGUAUACACAGGGAGACAGCCAGGAGAGGAGGUGCAGAGAAACCUUGGGGAGAACAUCUUCCUAAAAUUGAGCAGUGGAAUCAUACAGACAGGUCGAAACAUCACAAUUGACAACUUCUUCACCAGUGUCCCUCUGGCUGAGAAGAACCUGACUAUUCUAGGGACUCUUAGCCUGAACAAGCCAGACAUACCACCAAUCACAAAGCCAUCCAACUCACUGCUGAUUCAUAGCUCAGAAUUCGGGUUCAAUGGUAACAUGACCAUGGUGAGCUAUGUGCAGAAGAAAGGAAGGGCUGUUGUCCUUCUGAGCACAAUGCAUGAUGACAAAGCAGUGGAUGACACUCCAAAGAAGAAACCCGAUGUGAUUCACUACUACAAUAGAACAAAAGGAGGACUUGACACAACAGAUCAGAUGGUUGGCACCAACACAUGCAAGCGGAGAACACGAAGAUGGCCCAUGGUUCUGUGGUACAAUAUGCUGGAUAUUGCCACUCUCAAUGCUUACACCAGCUUCAAUGCAGAACAGCCUGGUUACUUUGCUGGUGUCACUAAUGCACGCCGACUGUUCAUCAAGGAGCUGGGCAAAGAGCUGGUCAUGCCACAUAUGAAGAGCCGCUUGGAGGGCACACCCACACUCCAAAAGCAUAUAAUAGAAGCAAUGGGAAGAUGCGGGAUCGAAAAACAAAGCAGCACCGGACCACAAGAGGACAAGGGCACAGCAAAGAGGAAGAGGUGUGCGAUCUGCCCAUCUGCCAAAGACCAAAAAGCCAGCAGCUGCUGUUCCCGGUGCAAGAAGCCUGUGUGCAAGGAGCACAAUUGUACAGUGGUCAUUUUUGAUACUUGUGAGGAAUUGUAA